AGCAGGUUUCUAAAUGCGCCAUGUCUCCGAGUGUAGAGCCUGUUGCAAAACUGAGCGCUCUUGCGAAGCGGAGGCCCAUGUCUGUGUCUUUCACACUAUAGUUCGAAUAAAAACCAGAAGCGCAAACCAAGAUGGAGUAUCAGUGGAAACCAGACGAGCAAGGACUUCAGCAAAUUUUACAGCUUCUAAGAGAGUCACAGUCGCCGGACACGUCCACUCAGCGAUCAGUCCAACAAAAACUUGAGCAAUUAAACCAGUAUCCUGACUUUAACAACUAUUUAAUUUUUGUCCUUACAAAACUGAAAUCGGAAGAUGAGCCCACAAGGUCUUUGAGUGGCCUGAUAUUGAAGAAUAACGUGAAGGCCCACUACCAGAACUUUCCCAACGGUGUGUCGGACUUCAUCAAGAACGAAUGCCUGCAAAACAUUGGUGACUCCUCCCCUCUCAUUCGAGCGACAGUGGGUAUUUUGAUCACGACCAUCGCCUCGAAGGGGGAACUGCAGAACUGGCCGGAUCUGCUUCCCAAGCUGUGCACCCUGCUGGAUUCUGAAGACUACAACACGUGUGAGGGUGCUUUUGGGGCCCUGCAGAAAAUAUGUGAGGAUUCAGCGGAAAUCCUGGACAGUGACAUUCUUGACAGACCCCUUAACAUCAUGAUCCCCAAAUUCCUGCAGUUCUUCAACCACAGCAGCCCAAAAAUUAGGUCCCAUGCCAUUGCUUGCGUCAACCAGUUCAUCAUUAGCCGAACUCAAGCACUCAUGCUCCACAUCGAUUCCUUUAUCGAGAACCUCUUUGCGCUGGCGGGGGAUGAGGAGCCCGAGGUGAGGAAGAAUGUCUGCCGUGCCCUGGUCAUGCUGCUGGAGGUCCGCAUGGAUCGGCUGCUUCCGCACAUGCACAACAUCGUGGAGUAUAUGCUCCAGAGGACUCAAGACCAGGACGAGAACGUGGCCCUGGAGGCCUGUGAGUUCUGGCUCACGCUGGCCGAGCAGCCAGUGUGCAAGGACGUACUGUGCGGACACCUCUCCAAGUUAACUCCUGUUUUAGUUAAUGGGAUGAAGUAUUCGGAGAUUGAUAUUAUACUGCUUAAGGGAGAUGUGGAGGAGGACGAGGCCAUCCCUGACAAUGAGCAGGACAUCCGGCCCAGGUUCCACCGCUCGCGGACGGUGGCCCAGCAGCACGAGGCUGAUGGCAUCGAAGAGGGGGAUGAUGAUGAUGAAGACUUGGAUGAUGACGACACCAUUUCUGACUGGAAUUUGAGAAAGUGCUCUGCUGCCGCCCUGGACGUCUUGGCCAAUGUGUUUCGGGACGACCUGCUGCUGCACAUACUGCCCCUGCUGAAGGAGCUCCUCUUCCACCCAGAGUGGGUCAUCAAGGAGUCGGGCAUCCUGGUGCUAGGUGCCAUUGCUGAAGGCUGUAUGCAGGGCAUGAUUCCUUACCUGCCCGAGCUCAUCCCUCACCUGGUGCAGUGUUUGUCGGACAAGAAGGCCUUGGUGCGCUCGAUCACCUGCUGGACGCUGAGCCGCUACGCGCACUGGGUGGUGAGCCAGCCCCCCGACACCUACCUGAAGCCCCUGAUGACAGAGCUGCUUAAACGCAUCCUGGACAGCAACAAGCGCGUCCAGGAGGCUGCCUGCAGUGCCUUUGCGACCCUGGAGGAGGAGGCUUGCACAGAGCUGGUGCCCUACCUCGCCUACAUCCUGGACACCCUUGUCUUCGCCUUCAGCAAGUACCAACAUAAGAACCUGCUGAUCUUGUACGAUGCCAUCGGGACCCUGGCUGACUCCGUUGGGCACCACCUCAACAAACCGGAGUAUAUUCAGAUGCUGAUGCCACCACUUAUUCAGAAGUGGAAUCAGCUUAAGGAUGAAGACAAGGAUCUCUUCCCUUUACUUGAGUGCCUGUCCUCUGUGGCCACCGCCUUGCAGUCUGGCUUCCUCCCAUACUGUGAACCUGUGUACCAGCGCUGCGUCAACCUGGUGCAGAAAACCCUUGCGCAAGCAAUGUUACACCACUCGCAGCCAGACCAGUAUGAAGCACCAGACAAAGACUUUAUGAUUGUAGCCCUAGAUCUGUUGAGUGGCCUGGCAGAGGGACUGGGCGGUAACAUCGAGCAGCUGGUGGCACGCAGCAACAUCCUUACGCUAAUGUAUCAGUGCAUGCAGGACAAAAUGCCUGAGGUCAGGCAGAGUUCAUUUGCCCUUCUGGGCGAUUUAACCAAGGCUUGUUUUCCCCAUGUCAAGCCAUGUAUUGCUGAUUUUAUGCCUAUUCUGGGCACUAAUCUAAACCCAGAAUUAAUUUCUGUGUGCAACAAUGCAACAUGGGCAAUCGGAGAGAUAUCUAUUCAGAUGGGCGCUGAAAUGCAGCCCUAUGUAGCCAUGGUGUUACACCAGCUGGUGGAGAUCAUUAACAGACCAAAUACCCCCAAGACAUUGUUGGAGAAUACAGCAAUAACAAUUGGUCGUCUUGGUUACGUUUGUCCUCAAGAGGUGGCUCCCAUGCUACAGCAGUUUAUAAGACCCUGGUGCACCUCUUUACGUAACAUAAGAGACAAUGAGGAGAAAGAUUCUGCUUUUCGAGGCAUCUGCACUAUGAUCAGUGUCAAUCCAGGAGGAGUAGUGCAGGACUUUAUAUUUUUCUGUGAUGCAGUUGCCUCGUGGGUUAAUCCAAAGGAUGAUCUACGAGACAUGUUCUGUAAGAUACUCCACGGAUUCAAGAACCAAGUGGGAGACGAGAAUUGGAGACGAUUCUCGGAUCAGUUUCCGUUGCCCCUGAAGGAGCGUCUGGCAGCUUUUUAUGGCGUGUAACUGCAUAGGUGGCAAGAGGAGUGCAUGCGCGGGGAUCAUUCACUGUGGGAGACAACGGGGGCCUCUAUACCCAGGGGAAAUGCCCAUUACUGGGGGGACAGGGGGACCCAGUGGGGUGGGG